AUGGACGCGCGAGUCGAUCGCCUCGCCCUGGUCCACGCGGGCAGACUGGACGACCUCUCGUCCGCGUCGUCGUACGCAACGUCGACGUGGGUCUCCUGGUUCCUCUCUUCCAAGGGGAAUGAGUACUUCUGCGAAGUCGAUGAUGACUACAUUCUGGACCGCUUCAACCUUACAGGCCUCAAUGCAGAGGUACAGCACUAUCCGCAGGCCUUGGACCUAGUCACAGAUGCCAUGGAGGAGGACUUGGACCAAGAGACGCGAGAUCACAUUGAGGCGCAGGGCCGGCUGUUGUACGGCCUCGUACACGCACGUUAUAUCAUCACGUCGAGAGGACUGGCAAAAAUGCUGGAAAAGUACAAGAGGAGCGAUUUUGGUCGAUGCCCGAGGGUGCUGUGCUACUCGCAGAGCCUGCUGCCGUUGGGGCUGAGCGAUCUGCCCUUCCAGAAGGCAGUCAAGCUCUACUGCCCUCGCUGCGAAGACAUCUACUCUCCCAAGAGCUCAAGGCAUGGGACCAUCGAUGGAGCUUUCUUUGGAAGCAGUUUCCCGCAUCUCCUCUUCAUGGUCUACCCGCAUAUGCUUCCCUCCAAGACGCCCUCGUCGCAGUCUGGCUUCCUUCUUCCUCCGCCGACCCAGCCUCCUCCGCCGCCGGCCGCAUCUUCUAGCCACAAUCAGCAACCACAGCAACAGCAGCAGCCAGCGACCGUCGCUCAAGCGAUGCAGCAGCAGCAAUCCAUCACGGCCAACACCUCGCCCCGAGCCAGCGUCGUACCGGGCGGCGCAGGCGAUGAAGGGGGCGGUAGUAAAGACGAAGCAAUGAGUGCUCGCUCAUCAAUGAACGUCGACUCACCAGCGACGUCCACAGCAGGGAUGCCGGGAUCGAGCAGGCCCUCACAACCCGGCGCAGGCGGCCGUCGCUCCUCCCCCUCUUCCACAUCAGCAGGCGGCCCGCACCACGCAGGUGCCUCUGCUGCUGCCGCGACGUCUUCUGGACCAGCGCUGCACAAAGUCGUGGAACGAUAUAAGCCUCGCAUCUUUGGCUUUCCGGUGCACGAGGUGGCCGUGCUCCAUCGUUGGCAGGAGAAAGUAGCAGAGCUGCGCGAGCAGCAGGUGUUGAUGCAGCAGCAACAGGCUAUAUCGGCCAAGCAAGGCGGAGCGGGAGGAUCAGGGCAGGGACAGGGGAGGGUCACAUCUGGGUAGGGGAGGGGAGGCGGCAGGAGCGGUAAACCUACAGCCCUCCUCACAACAAAACAGGGCGCAAUGGAGAGGGCGAUGAGCAGUCGCAAGUGCAUAGCCGCAGCGAGUGGAGGCGGCCGCGCUGACGUUACCCAUGACAGGGGCGAGGAAUUAAGCGCUCUUGAAUACAAGCUAUCGAAGAGUCGUGGGGCAGGGCAGGGCGAACGGUGCUCAUCCUGCACCGCUCGCAGACCCCACGUCUGAACUGGUUCCCACUCCUCUCUACACCUCUUUUCUGUCCCGACUGAGCGGCAUACAAGCCCCUGUAACUAGAUACAGCUCUCCGAAUGAACGACGCUUACUUCUGAAGU